GAUCGGCCGCCAUUAUGAGAUUUGUCAUCGUCGAUGACGCAUCAGUUUGCGACGCAUUAAAAUAUUUUUAAAAUGCCGUCGUGCGUUGUAAGAAAGUGUAAAAACAAUACUACGGUACAAAAAAAGUGUCAAGGGAUUACCUUUCACAGGUUUCCAGUAGGUAAUGAGCCGUGGAAAAAUGAUUGGGUCCAAAUUAUAAGGGACUGCAGAAGGGAAGAAGAUUGGAUCCCAUCCAAAUCUAGUGUGGUAUGCAGCGUACAUUUUGAUGAAAAUGAUCUGUAUACCACAGGAAAAGGACGUCGUCGCUUAGUUACCUAUUCAGUUCCGAAGUUGCUUUUAUUUGGAUUACCCGUGAAAAAAGAGCAAACUGCUAAGCCCGGACCAACUGGUAGCAGUCUCGAUAAUGACCAAAAAGAACAGAUGUCAUUGGAAUCAGAUCAAGAAUGGGCUGGAUUACCCGUGAAAGAAGAGCAACCUGAUGAGCCCGGAACAACUAGUAGCAGUCUCGAUUAUGACCAAAAAGAACAGAUGUCAUUCGAAUCAGAUCAAGAAUGUGCUGGAUUACUUGUGAAAGAAGAGCAACCUGCUGAACCCGGAACAACUAAUAGCAGUCUCGAUCAUGACCAAAAAGAACAGGUGUCAUUGGAAUCAGAUCAAGAAUGGGCUGGAUUACCCGUGAAAGAAGAGCAACUUGCUGAGCCCGGAACAACUAGUAGCAGUCUCGAUUAUGACCAAAAAGAACAGAUGUCAUUCGAAUCAGAUCAAGAAUGUGCUGGAUUACCCGUGAAGGAAGAGCAACCUGCUGAGCUCGGAACAACUAAAAACAGUCUCGAUCAUGACCAAAAAGAACAGAUGUCAUUGGAAUCUGAUCAAGUAUGUGCACAGGCACCACAACCGUACAUUAUUAUUACAAUUGAUCCUGAACAGCCUUCUGGACUAUGCACACCUUUAUCAUCAUCUCAAAUUCCACCGGCCCCAACAAAUGGAUUUGAAGAUUGUGAACAGCCGUCAUUGUGGGAUUCACCCAGAAAUCUUCGUUUAAAAAAAAUUAUCAAAAAACAAGAUAUUUUGCUUGAAACUCAAAGGAAAAAAAUUAAAACUCUAAAUCAAAAAGUAAGGCGACUUCGUAAAAGAAAUCAAUUUUUAAAGGAUAUUUUAAAAAAGUGAAAUGAAA